CUGCGCCGUGAGACCUUGUUCCUCAUCGUCCUGGCCGCUCAAAACUCUGCGCAGUUUCUCCAUCGAUUUUCACCAGAGGAAAAACACCAAGAAAUGAAACUUCACCAAAGCGCGAACUCCACAACAACCGACGGAACGACCAGAAAACAGCGGAGUCACUAUUAAAACCAUCCCCCAACUAUCGUAUUCCUCUGUCCCGUGCGGGUUAAUAUGUAACACAGGAAGUUGGGUGAACUGGUUAUCAUGGAAACCAAAGAACGAGAAUCGGAUUUUUCAGAUUUCCGGAUUUCCUCUCUGAUGAAGGGUCUAGGCCCGAAACGUCAGCUUUUGUGCUCCUGAGAUGCUGCUUGGCCUGCUGUGUUCAUCCAGCCUCACAUUUUAUUAUCUUGGAAUUCUCCAGCAUCUGCAGUUCCCAUUAUCACCGGAUUUCAGAAUUGCCUGAUGAAGGGUCUAGGCCGAAACGUAAGCUUUUGUGCUCCUGAGAUGCUGCUUGGCCUGCUGUGUUCAUCCAGCUUCACACUUUGUUAUCGUAUUUCAGAAUUGCAUGAUGGAAUUGAAGCGGAGAGAAAGGGAAAAAAAAUAAUUUGUCAAAACACGAGAAAUGGGAAUUGUGCUACUGGAUCCCAUGUGACUGAAGCUGUUCAACGCCUUCCAAGGCUGAACCAUGUCAACUGUACUUUUAGACAUAAAUAUCCGAAUAUCUGUUUUGAAGAGGAGUCACUGGAUUCGAAACGUUAAACUCUGAUUUCUCUCCACAGAUGUCGCCAGUCGUGCUGACUCUUUCUCCAGCAGUUUCUAUUAUUUGUUUCUGAAUGUCUUUCGAUUCGCCUCCAAUCCAUAAACGCAUCAAUUUCACGUAUACUGAACAAACCAGCCAAAUCUCUCUCUACAGUGUAGAAUUCUAAUGAUUUGCGGCCAUUUGAGUGGAAAAAAAUAGCUAAUCUCAGUCCAAGAUUUUGAUUUCUUUAUUCUAAAAUAAUGCCUCACGUUUUUAGAUUUCCCAUACGAGGAAAACAGCCUCUUAGUGCCUAAUCUGUUAGAGCCAAUCUUGGAAGAGAUCGACCCUUAUUCUUCAAACAUCUGGAGAGUAUAAGCAAGCGAGUGCACUCUGCACAAUGAAUCACAAUUCAAUUGUAGACUUUAAAUUCACAGUCUUAAAUACUGCAUAUUAAAAUUAGAAGCAGGAGUAGUCUCUCAAGCUUGCCGCACUAUUUUAGUAGAUCAAGAUCUGAUUGCAGACUCUACUUGCCUGUCUAGCUCCUAUACUCUGACUCUGUUCCUCAAUAAUACCUCAGCCUUAAAAAUAAUCAGUGAACCCACAUCCACCCUCUCUGGGGCAAAUGAAUGACUAUCAAAGAGAAAACAUUUCUCUUUUUCUCUGUCUUAAAUGGGAAACCCCUUAGUUUGAAACUGCAUUCCAUUGUUUGAAUCCCUCCUACAAGGGGAAAUGUUUUCAACAUACAGCUUGUCAUUGCCAGUCCCUAAUCACCUUCAAGAGCAUGGUUGUGAACCACCAUCUUUAAACUGUUGCAAGUGGUGAAGGUACAGCUGCAAUGUUGUUCAGUACAGUUCCAGGAUUUCAACCUGACAGCAAUUCAGGAACAGUGAUAUAGCUCUAAGUCAAAAUGACUUGUGACUUGGAUGAGAAUUUUCUUUUGUUGGUAUUUCCAUUUUUCAAAAAAUUUCAUUAACAGGAUAAGGGCAUCACUGGCUAGGCAACAUUUAUUGCCCAACCCUAAUUGCCCAGAGAGCAGUUCAGAGUCAACCACAUUGCUUUGAGUCUGGAGUCACAUGUAGGAGGACCAGGAUAGCAGUUUCUUUUCCUAAAGGACAUUAGUGAACCAGAUGGGUUUUUCCAACAAUCAACAAUGGAUUCAUGGUCAUCAUUAGAUUCUUAAUUCGAGAUAUUUUAUUGAGUUCAAAUUCCACCUGCGUCCUAGCCCUUCAUGAUCUAGAAAUCAUGUGUUUGGGAAGUGCAACCUUGGAGACUUGGCGAGACUACCUUCGUUCAGCGUCGGAUGAAAUCUACAGUGGUUGUAAACUGUUUCCAUGGUUCCUUGGCGACCCGGAAUGCAAUUUCUCAUUGGAUCCAGCAGUACGGUUGAGAUACACUCGCUGUUGUGUACUGGUAAACGCUGGUGCAGGGAAGACUGAUGGCCGUUAGAACUGCCAAAACAAGUCCAAACCGCGUCUGGAUUGCUUUGAAAAGACUGGACUUGAACGAUGAUGAAGUCACUAUUGUCAAAGAUGUUGGCAUUCUACGAGGAUUAGACAAUGCUUCUGCUAAACAGGUUCUCUUUAACUCCUUUGGACUGACAGAUAUCACGCUUGUUUUGAAGCUUCGAAACAGUCGUGGUUAUUUGGUUCCGAUCAAUGGUGAACUGAGUGAAAACAGCAGACAAUCACCAUAUAUUCUAGAAGUGACAAAAUUGUUCCAGCAUGUUGUCCCCAAACCUCGUACUGAUGUCAUGACAAUUAUCAAUAAAGGUUUGAAGAACAGACUGCAAAGCAUCAUGAAGAGGAUUGAGAGAAUGGAGGAAUUGGCACCAGAAGUAAAAGUGAGACGGCAAGACAAGCUAAAUGAGGAAAUAGAGUUGUUGAAUCAGAAACUGCAAUUUUUAAAUCAAAGAAUGCAAAUUGCAGAUUCCACCGUUUGGAAAGGCAUGUUUAAACGACCACCACUAUGGUGAAUUCAGUGACUAGAUACAGACAUCUGUCAAUCUUGUAUUUAACUGAAACUUCCAGAAUAAUUGCUGAAGCCCUAUGUAAAAGAUUUACUUAUCAAAGUAGAAUUGCAUAAAUAAGAGUUUCUUCAUUGCAUUCAAAAAUGUCUUGAUGCCAUUCUCAAGAGAAGGAGCUUACCUUGUUAUAGGUAAAGAUGAGAUUUGAAAUGCUGUCUCAUAUAUAUUUAUGCUGAACAAUAUAAACAAGGUAAAGAUAAAUUACUGUAAAUAAAAAGCUUGAUACAGGAAUUGUUUAUGUGUUAUGUCCUGGCUCAACAUAUUAUUCUUUUUCUUUUAUGGAGCCCUCUGCUUGAAGGCAGAUCUGACCCACAGUGACACAACCUCUUUUGCAGGCAGGACUUAAAUUUAACCCAACUAAAAGGCCAAUGCUGUUGGCACUAAUCUGAUCCACACCAGUCAUCCUAACUAACUGAACCACCCAAAUAAUCCAUGUUGCUGUGACAAUAAACAAUUCCACAAGCCUACAUUCAUGUGCAGUGAAGCAAUAUAAUGGUGGAGGUUCCAAUUUCUUUCUCAUCACAGAAUGGAAACAGACCCGUUGGUCAAACUCAUCCACGCUGACCAGAUAUUCUAAACUAAUCUAGUCCCAUUUGCCAGCAUUUGGUCCAUAUCCGUGUAAACCCUUCUUAUUCAUGUACCCAUCCAGAUGUCAUUUAAAUGUCAUAAUUGUACCAGCCUCCACCAUUUCCUCUGGCAGCUCAUUCCAUGCACACACCACCAUCUGCAUGAAAAAGUUGCUGUUCCAGUCCAUUUAGAUCUUUGCCUCUCACCUUAAACCUAUGACCUUGAGUUUUGGACUCCCCUACCCUGGGAGAAAGAUCUUGGCUACUCACCCUAUCCUUGCCCCUCAUGAUUUUAUAAACCUUUAUGGGAUGAACCCUUAGCCUCUGAUGCUUCAGGGAAAAUAGCCCCAGCCUGUUUAGCCUCUCCUGAAAGCUCAAGCCCUCCAACCCUGGCAACAUCCUUGUAUAUCUUUUCUGAACCCUUUCAAGUUUAAUAGGGAGACCAGGAUUGAAUGCAGUAUUCCAAAAAAAGCCUAAUCUAUAUCCUGUACAGCUGCAACAUGAUUUCCCAAAAAUUCCUAUACUCAAUGCACUGAUAAAUGAAGGCAAAUAUGCCAAAUGCCUUCUUUACCACCCCAACUACUGGGAAUUCCACUUUCUUGCACCUGCACCUCUAGGUCUCUGCUCAGCAACACUCCCAGGACGCUACCAUUAAGUGUAUAAUUCCUGGCCUGGUAUUCCCUACCAAGAUGCAGCACCUCACAUUUAUCUAAAUUAAACUCCCUCUAUCAUUGUCUGACCAAUUUGCCCAUCUGAUCAAGGUCCUGUUUUACUUAGAGAUAGCCUUCUUCAUGUCCACUUUUAGUGUUAUCUGUGAACUUACUAAUCAUACCUCUUAUUUUCACAUCUAAAUCAUUUAUAUAAAUGACAAAAAGCACUGGACCCAGCACCAAUCCUUGCAGCACAUUGCUGGUCACAGGCUUCCAGUGCGAAAAACAACCUUGCACAACCACCUUUUGCCUCCUGUUGUCAAGCAAUUUUUUUGUCCAAAUGCUUAGUUUUCCCUGGAUUCCAUGUAAUCUAACCUCGCUAACCAUUCUGCCAUGCAGAAACUUGUCAAGCAACUUGCAAAGUCCAUAUAGACAGCUUUCACUGCUUUGCUUUCAUCAACUUCUUCUGUCACCUCUUAGAGUCAUAGCGUAAUACAGCACCAAAACAAUCCCUUUGGUCCAAACAGGCCAGGAUGAGCAUAAUCCCAAGCUAAACCAGUCCCACUUGCCUGGUCCUGGCCCAUAUCCCUCCAAACCUUUCCUAGUCAAGUAUCUGUCCAAAUGUCUUUUAAACAUUGUUAUUGUACCUGCAUCCACCAAUUUCUCAGAAAGUUCAUUUCAUAUGCAAGGCACCCUCUGUGUAAAAUAUUUGCCUCUUCUGUCUUUUUAAAAUCUCUGUCCUCAAACCUUAAAAAUGUGGCCCCUAGUCUUGAUAUUCUCCAACCUAGGGAAAAGACAACUACCAUCAACCCUGUCCAUGCCCCUCUUUAUUUUAUACACUUCUAUCAGGUUGCCGCUCAACCUCCUACGCUCUAGUGAAUAAGGACCCAGCCUAUUCAGCCUUUCUUUAUAACUCAAACUUUCCAAACCUGGCAACAUCGUGGUAAAUCUCUUCUGAAGUCCCUCCGGCUUGAUAAUACCCUUCCUAUAAGUGGGCGACCAGAACUGGACGCAGUAUUCCAGAAGAGGCCUCACAAAUAUCCUGUACAACCUCAAUAUAACUUCCAACUCCUAUACUCAAAGGACUGGGCAGUGAAGGUAAGUGUGCCAAACACCUUCCUAAUCACCCUGAAUUAUGCACCUGCACCCUUGGACCCCUGCAUUCCACUACACAACCCAAGGCUCUACCAUUAAUUGUAUAAGCCCCAGCCUUGUUUGUUGAAUCAAAAUGCAAUACCUUGCAUUUAUCCAGAUUGAACUCUGCCAUUUUUCAGCCCAUUGACGCUUGUUGAAGAUCCCUUUGUAAUCUUAGAAAGCCUUCUUCACUGUUUACUUUGCCACAAAUUUUGGUGUUGUCCGCAAACUUACUAUCCAUGUCUUCUAUAUUCUCAUCCAAAUCAUUUAAUAUAAAUAGCAAACUAAAGAGAAGUCAGAUAUGAUCCCUGUGGAACACUGCUGGUCACAGGCCUUCAGUCUGAAAGGCAACCCUCCACCAUUACUCUGUGUCUCCUGCCAUUAAGCCAAUUGUAUAUCCAAUAGGCAAGGUCUCCCUGUAUCCCAAGUGACCUAACUUUACUAAUUAGUCUACUGUGUGGAACCUUGUCAAAGGUUUUCGUAAAAUCCAAAUAAACAACAUUUACUGCUCUGCCAUCAUCAAUCUUUUUGGUAAAAACCAAAAGAACUGUGGAUGCUGUAAAUCAGGAGCAAAAACAAAGUG